ACUUGCUCCGUUUUCUCGUUAGCUGCUAACCCGGAAAUAGUUCGAAUUAAUCUUAGAGCGCCAAACUUAUAAACAACACUAUACUUUUCCUUUUCUUGAUGCUGCUGGAUUACUUGGACGUUUUUGUGGCUCAUUGUUGAAGUUUUAAUCCCAUUUCUAUUCGCCAUGUGUGAAAAGAUCACCAAGGUAAACAGCUGGCUCAGCUCAGUGUUUGGAGACCAGCCGGUGCCACACUUUGAGGUCAACACCAGAACAGUGGACAUACUGUACCAGCUGGCACAGUCCAGUGAAGCCCGGUGCAGUGAUACGGCUCUCGUUAUUGAAGACCUCAAACAGAAAACAGCAGAAUAUCAGGCUGAGGAUGCUCAUGUCCGAGAUGUUCUUCUGCAAGGUGUUGGUCUGUCCUGUGGAGGCCUGUCGAAGUCCGCUUCUGACUACGUGUCUGCAUUAGUGGACACUGCCAUGGUGCUUGGAGUCAGAGACACAUCACUGGGCAGCUUUAUGCCAGCAGUGAAUAACUUAACCAAUGAACUUCUGGAGGCUGAGAAGUCAAACAGGAAACUUGAGCAGGAACUCAAAGCCCUCAGGAAGAGACUUAGUACUACUCUGGUACUGCGGGGCAAUUUACAGGAGGAUAUCAACAAAACAGUGAAAUCUCAGGCAGUGGAGAGUGCUAAAGCAGAGGAGAGGCUUCUCAACAUGGAUUUUGUUGCAGCAAAGGCUAAAGAGCUCAGACACAGACGGGAGAGAGCAGAGGCUAAACUUCAAUCGAGGAACAUGGACAAGUUGCUCACACACCAGGCUAUUGUACAGCUCUCUGAGGAAGUCACGGCACUGAAACAGGAAAUAAUCCCUUUGCAGAAGAAACUGGAGCCCUAUAUGGACUUAAGCCCAAGCCCAUCUCUUGCUCAGGUGAAAAUAGAGGAGGCAAAAAGAGAAUUGGCUGCAAUUGAUUCCAAACUUGAGAUGAAUGUGGAUUUCAAAUGAGGAUUUUUGAAAAACGUCUUGUUCCGGGCUUCUGAUUUUAUGUGUUUAUUUGAAAAUGAAUAAAGUAAAUAUUUCUA